CCAGAAGGCACACACAUCCAGAGCUGCUGCUGCGCACUGCCCUCCAUCAGGGGGGACUCUCUAGUUGGCCUGGACCAUGAGCAAUGAGUCUACCGUCUGGAACAUCCUACCAGAAAACUCCACAGAGAUCCCGUUCGAGGCCGAGGAGCAGCAGGAUGGCUACGUGCUCCUCCUGGUGAUCCUCUUCAUCUUCCUGGUAGGAACGCUGAUCUUCAUCUCCGUCUUCCUCAUCGCCUUCCGUCGCUACUGUCGGGGAUGGCCAUGCUGUGAAAGGGCCAGCGAUGACCCUGAGAAAACCAACACCACCUACGUGGAGGAGUCUCAGCCCACCCAUGAAAUCACCAUCAGGGUGGAUGAGUCCGACUGCCUGUCCAUGGCGAGCUCUCACGACCAGGAGACCGAGCGCUUCCUGUCCACGGGCACCAUGGGCCGCCGCGUCUCCUUCAACGAGGCCGCGCUCUUCGAUCACGGCAAGAAGGCGCAGGAGAAGGGCCGCAGGUACACUCUGACCGAGGGCGACUUUCACCACCUGAAGAACGCCCGGCUCACACACCUCCACAUCCCUCCACCUGGCCUCAAGAUAGUCACUAUCCACGAGUGCGACUCGGUCGAGAACAGCAUCACCAUGACGACGCGCCCCGUCGCCAAGUCAUCCCUUUCCAUCUUCCAGCCGAUGCUGUGCCCUCUACCACAAACAGCGUUGACCAGCCUGAGUGUCAACCCCAGCUGUGCCCUCCCCGGAGACGCUCUCAACUCCGUGGUGGACACCAGCUUCAGUGAGAACACCAUUUCUCUCAGCGCUAAAGAGCCCAUCUCCAGCUCCAUCGAGUUGAUGGCAGCGGGGCCCCGGGGCCGAGGCAGCAGUGUCAGUGUCGGUGAAGGGGCCGCGGUGAGGAGCGGCGGUGCCACUCAUGCUGCCGGUGGCGGUGGAGGAAGCCAGGGGCCCGUGCUGCAGUUCUUCACCAAACUGCGGCGCCAUGCCAGUCUGGAGGGGGCCAGUCCGUACUUCAAGAUCAAGAAAUGGAAGCUGGACAGCAGCCAGAGAGCCUCCAGUCUGGACACCAGAGGUAACCCCAAGAGGAGACAGUUCCAGCGUCAGCGAGCCGCCAGCGAGAGCAUGGACCAGGACGACAACGACGCGCACCACAUCGACCUCAUCCAGUACAUCGCCCGCACCCAGGACGCCGCCUACCGUCCCAGCAACCCAAAGUCACGCCUCCUCUCGCCUCCCUCCACACCACCCCCCUCCCUCGGCAGGGUAGAGGUAGAGGUGAUGGUGGAGCCCAGCUGCAGCCAUGGAGGACCAGGGGUGAUUGGCCUGUCCCCUGAUCCCCAAGACGAAGCACUGUCCCUGCCAAGAAGGGAAGGUGCAGACCCCCCGGAUCCCCAGGACCCCCAGUCACUUUACAAAGACAUCUGGACCCUUCGCGCAUCACUGGAACAAUACGCCGCCUCCGACCAGAGCAGCAACACUGACAGGAACUCCGUCUGCAGCGAUGUGGAAAGCGUGUGUUCGCUGGGCGGGCGCACGGAGACGGAAAGAGGAGGCGUCCCCAGCUACCCGUCCCAGGAUAUAGGGGACGAGGCAGAGGGUGGAGAGGGUGGAGAGGACGACAAGGACGACAAGGGCGUUACGAUGUAUAUGGAGGAGAGGUUUGGGGCGAAGGAGGGAAGGAGGAGGAAACAGGGAAGCACGGAUUCAGAGCGAGGGAGCAGCGACGGCGAGACGGGGAACCGUAAAUUGCUGCAGAUGGACAGCGGCUACGCGUCCAUCGAGGCUCCAUCACGCGGUCCGGAAGACCUGCGACUGUUUGGGAACGGCAGCGGCAGCCCGAAGGACAGAACUGCCCACGAGAAACGUCACCACUUUACCAACGCGGGGCGAAGCGGCACCGUCGGUGAGAGCUUCGAGACGCAUCUCCUUGAGGAGGAGCUGGAGGACGAGAUGCUGUUGGGCGCCAGCGGAGGAGUUUCCAUAGAAACGGGUGCCGGUUCACUGAGCUGGUUCCCGUACGGUCAGAUGCUCACACCUCGAGAGGCCGCGCAGCCUUCGCCUUCGACUUCGACUCAACCGCCGCCUCUGCACCGGCGAGACUACAGCAUAGACGAGAAGACGGACGCCCUCUUCCACGAGUUCCUCCGCCACGACCCUCAGUUCGACCAGCAGGAGUCGCCGCUGAGGAAGCACCGGUCCCGAAUCCACCUCCGCAAGCAGUGGCAGCGUCACAAGCAGUGGAGCGACCCCGGCGUCAGACACCUCCAGACCUCCUUGGACCGACACCGGACUCCGCUCAGAAGGGGGGACAGUGUGAACUACCCUCUGGACACGAGCUACCACAGCACACUCCCCCGCAUCGUCAGCACUCCCGACGAGGAGACCAGCGAGGGGACGGGCAGCACUCCUGACACUCCAAAGGUAGAGCCGACGACUACUCGGAGAGGGGGCGAGGACAGGGAGCAGGGCAUCUCCGUCAGAGACACUGAGGACAACUCCUCCUCUUCCACACUACAUCUUCAUCCCUCCGCUGGUCACCACGACCCUCAGGAGGACAGCAAACAGCCCGCGCUCCCUCCCGAGCCCCCGGACGAACGCUCUCCCCCUCAUCUGCCCGACUCCUCAGGCUACGGCCCGCAGACCAUCACAGCGGAGCUCGCAGACAAACUGACCGCUAACCUGGAUGACAGGCUGUACGCGGGCCUCCGCAGGACCAAGGACACCGGCGCCGAGUGCGUGACGGUGACGGCGACGCGCACUUCUCCGGACCACAGCCCAGUGUAGCAGGGCUCCAGUCGUCCUCCUCGUCGUACACACUCCUGCUGAUACACACUUUCAUUUCGGUUUCCUCAGUUUUGUCGUCUCUCUGUGUAAAGCUUGAAUGGUGUGUUGAAUGGAAAGUGUGCUUUGAAUCAUCUCACAUACAGCUGAUCCACCAGAAAAUGCAGCUAGCCUCUCUUCA